GCACUUCAAACCUUCGAACCAUCAUCUCGCUGUACACAUACCCUUGAAUCUUGAAAAUCGCGAGCAACCCUGAACGGCCGCCUAUACCCAGACUGCGCCAGUCCAGGAGGCUACCUCUAUCUAACCCAUCUCACCAUGGAAAACGUUGACACUCCACAAAACAGGCAAGUGGAGGAGUCCAUCAAUCGCAUUGUGCAUGAGGGUCCUAGUGGUGUUACGAGCAAGUUACUCCACGCUAUGGUUGCGUCCGACCCGCUACAGACCACGAUGGUCGGAUCUAGCAGAGUAGGCACUCCCAUUCUCGGGAAUGUGCCGUCGUCAUCCGCAUCUAAUUCCCAGUCUGAUUCAACUCAAACUUCAAAAUCAAUGGAUGCCAAUGCGUUCCAAUCUUUGCUUAUGCUAUCAGGGAGCACUGGGGAGCCCCCAUUCUCUAUAAGACCUAAGGAUCAGACAUCUGAUAUCCUCGUGCUAUCUAUUGAAGCGGUCAAAGCCACUCUCACAAAAAUCGAUGCCCAGAUAUCCUUCGUGGAAAGUCGCUUGGCGGCCGCGUAUGCAGAGGCUGACCGUAUUCGGCUCGACUCAUCGUCCCUUGCACUGUCUGGGCAUGAUGAAGUCGAAAAGAGGACACAGAGAUUGGAAAAGAUCCGCGCCUUCAUCGCGAAGUUCGAAUCGCUCAAGCAAGCAAAGGAGCUUGAACUGGCGGCGGCGUACAUUGAGUUUGAGGAGCUUGCCUCGGUCGCAAUUGACAGGCCGGAUAUCGAGAAUCUAGGAGACAUCAUUCCUCUAGAUGUACUUCGUUUGGAGUCCGAGCCCGAUGAGAGUGUCGUUUCCCCAAUCACAGCGACCGAUGCUAAGGGGAAGGGCAAGGACAAAGGUAAAGGUAGAGCUCUUUGA